AUGUCGACAUCACGAUCCCUCCUUAUGCCCGUUUCGAGGCUCUUGGCCGCCGCCGGGUCCAGCUCGCGCACGCCAACCGUCGCUCGAGCACUGUCCACCUCGUCGGUGCACCAUGCGAUCUCCAAAUUCGCCAUGCCAGCCAUGUCGCCCACCAUGACGUCGGGCGGUAUCGCUGCCUGGAAGGUCAAAGAGGGUCAAGCUUUCUCGGCGGGUGACGUCCUGCUCGAGAUCGAGACCGACAAGGCUACCAUGGAUGUCGAGGCUCAGGACGAUGGUGUUCUCGCAAAGAUUUUCGUCCAGGAUGGAAGCAAGGAUGUGGACGUCGGCAAGACCAUCGCCAUGCUUGCUGAGGAGGGCGACGACAUCUCCAACAUCGAGGCUCCCAAAGACGAUGCCCCUGCAGCUCCUUCUAGUACUCCUACCGACGACAAAUCGAAGCAGGCCUCAGGCAAGUCGGCGCCAGACUCCUCCAGCCAGACCGCCGCGUCCACCGGCUCGGCAGCGCCAUCGUCACAAGGUUCCUCCAGCUCCAACGCACACCACCACUUUAAAGGCCCUCUCUUCCCUUCGGUGCAGCGUCUCAUCGCCGAGAAUGGCAUUGAGGACGCCGAGAGCAAGAUCAAGGGAACGGGUGUGCGCGGCAUGAUCACUAAGGGCGAUGUCCUUGCCUUCCUCGGAAAGGCCAAGUCGCCCACUGGAUCGUUCAAGGAGCCCAAGGGAGGCAUCGCGGUUCUCGGCCCUUCGCAGGCCAGUCCAAAGGGUGGCUCCGCUUCUUCUGCAUCCAAGGCCCCAGCCGAGCCAUUGACGGGCGAUGCUCUCCGCUCCCUCAUCAUCGGCGGUCUCGCUUCCUCUUCUCGCUCGGCCCGUCAGCAGGCCGCGCCAGCACCUGCGCCACUCGUUCCCACUCAGUCUUUCUCCCAGCAAGCGGUGGACAAUGCUCUCGAGGGCUACAGCUUCACGGCGACACCCGCGCCGAAGGCAGUACGAACGGGAGCUACUCGCAAGGAAGGCAUUCGAUCGGACGACCCGCUCUGGGAUCUGAUCUGA